GUCGCAAGAAGACAUUAUAUUAAAGGAGAUCUUCGGCAGUGAUGAAGAUUCAACUGACGAGGGCCACGAUGCCGAUGUCCCGCGGCCAUCUUUGGGGCGCGAAGGGCACAUCACCAAGCGCAGGAAGACGGAUAUCUGCUGCAGCAAAGUCGAAGGGAGUAUGGAAGGGGGCCCCGCUGCGAGCAGCAGUGCACUCAUCCGCGACCUGAAGAGCAGCCACACCCAAUUGCUGGGUGCGGACAGCGGGGUCAUACGCCCCCUUCCGGGCUUGGUCGUCGUCCGAGGCGCGCUAAACGCACAGCAGCAGCUGAGCCUGGCGGGCGCCAUUCUGGACAGCGGCUGCCUCGUGGGCGAGACGUCAGCGCCACAGCCGCCAACGCAGCCGCAGCAGCAGGGGGGCGCAGGUCUAGGCGCAGGUGCGGAGGCAUGGGUAGCAGGCGGUGAGGGCGCCCGCUGCACCGGUUGUGGCGUGGGCGGGUCGGGGCAGGUGGACAGCCAGCCAGCACAGGCGGGCAGCUGUCCAGCGGGUGCUGGUGGCAGCAGCGACAGUGGGGCCAGCGGCGGCAGAGGUGUUGGUGGUGGUGGUGCAGGCGGCGGCGGCAUCAGGCGGGGCGCGCCCAAUCAGGCCAUGUUCUUUGGUCCCCUGCCGCAGUGGGGACAGCAACUGCAGCAGCUGCUGCCACUAGAGCAACUGCUUCCGCCGCAUCUGGCCGCCCGUGCACCCAGCUUCGACCAGGCUAUCGUGAACCUGUACCGGCCCGGCGAGGGCAUCAUGGACCAUGUGGACCUGGCCCGCUUCCAGGACGGCGUCGUGGGCGUCAGUGUGGGCGGACCCAUAGUCAUGGACUUCAGGAGGCUUCCGGGCCGGAGGGAGGGGGCUGCAGGCGGACAGGCAGAAGGCGAGGUGGCGGAUGCGGAAGUGGGGUACAACCGGGAGGCGGUGGGGAGGCUGCUGCAGGGUGAGGGUGACGGCGAGGGUGAGGGUGGUGGCGCAUGUCCGGACGACGAGGGCGACAUGCCGGGCGUGCUGCCGGAGUCAUGUCCGGGCGACGGGGUGUGGUGGCUAGAGGAUGAGGAGGCAACCGUGGCAGCAGCGGCGGAGGUAGCAGCCAGAGCAGGGGCGGUGGGACCUGCGGCCGGGGGCCCAUACAGCAGUGGGCCGGCGAGCGAUGUGCGCAAGCGGCGGCGGCGGCGCCACCUGCGUGUGCUGCUUCAGGGCGGUGACCUGAUCGGCAUGUCGGGUGCGGCCAGGUACGGCUGGACACACGGCAUCGCGCAGGGCGUCGCGCGGGAGCGAGUGCUGCUGCCGCGGGGGACACAGGCAGCGGCGGUGGCGGAGGAGGAGUUCGUGGAGUCAGCGUCACCGGGCGAGGAGGAGGAGCUGGGUCAAGGCCAGGCGCCAGUGGGUGUGUUGCAGUGUGUGCCACGGGGAGUCCGGCUUAGUGUGACCCUGAGGCGCCUGGUUCCGCACAUUGUGUUGUGUGAGGAAGCGGGGGAGGAGGGGCCGUUGGGGGAACAGGUGGUGUAGGAAGCUGGACUGUGUAGGGCUGUGCGCAUUGCUGAGGAUGGGAAGCCUGCAUGUCCUGCAUUUAUCACUGGUGACUUGCGAUAUCAUCGCCAGGAUUUCAGCCCCCGCUUCGGUAGUUCGGAUCUCG